GCAAACUACAAAAUAUGGCCUCUGUGGUUACCAAGGAAACAGUAUGCUCAUGGUUAUGUUUAUUUUCUGAAGAAAAAUAAAAUUUUUGGAAGGAUUGCUAAUUUAGUUGGAGGUGAAGUCUAUGUCCCAGUUUUAUGGCAAGCGCCACUAAUAAAAAAUAACGAGAAGUUCCCUGUUGUGAUUGUCUCCCAUGGUAUUGGUGGAAACAGGACAACACUGUCAACAUAUUGUAAUGAGCUGGCUUCUCAUGGCUUUGUGGUAGCAGCACUUGAACACAGAGAUGGCUCCGCCUCAAUGACUCUUUGCUUGACUGAACAACUGGACAGCAGCAUUCGAGAUGUUGACGAGCAGGUGCACAUUGAGAGACAUUGUCACAGCGACAGUGACAUACACAGCCAGGAGGACAAUUUUGACACCCGCGUCCAGAGCGCAGUCCAGUUUUAUCUGGACGAGGGGACAGAGAACAGGGAGAGUGCUGGGGGUAGAGGGUCCCGAGUCAGACAGAGGAGAGAGAACCGGAGGAGGUCUGUGCGGCACAAUAACUCAUGCACUGAGGAAUGGCGGAGGUUUCAGCACGUGCCGGUUUGGGAUGACUUUGAUUUAAGAAAUGGACAGAUGUAUCAUAGGGCUGAUGAAAUCAGUGAUUUGCUAAAUCAGCUGAUCUCCAUGAAUGAAGGAAAGCACAUCAACAAUAUAUUAGGCUUUGGCUUUAACACAACCCAAUUUAAGGAUCGGUUGGAUAUUUCAAAAGUUGCAGUUAUUGGUCAUUCAUUUGGUGGGGCCUCUACUGUAGCUACUCUGGCAACAGAUGUGAGGUUCAAGCUUGGGAUAAGUCUUGAUGGCUGGUUCCAUGCUGUUGACAACUGGGCUUAUAAAACAGCCAAACAGCCCUGCCUUCUCCUCAACAUGGAACAGUUUCAGUGGGAGAGGAACGUCAAUCAGAUGAUCACCUUUCAAAAUGCCAACCCAGAUGCUGAUAGACCAAUGAUUACUUUAAAGGGUGGCUGUCACCAAAGUAUGACAGACUUCCAGUUUAUUGUUCCACACAUGCUUGGCCGUUUGAUGGAUGUGUGUCACACUCUAGCACCUGCGCAGGCCAUGUCUACCUGCAUAGAAGCAUCUCUGGCAUUCUUACACAAGCACCUCGAUCUUCCUUUUGAACAACAGCACCAGGAUAUUCUAGAUGGAAACCACAAGCACCUGAUGGCAGGUACAAAUGUUGAUCUCUCUAUUCCUGACGAUGGACCAACCCCGCCAUAAACUCUGUCAACAAUUUUCUCCUGUUGGAUAAACUUGGAUAGAAACUCCAGCAAAAUUUUGACCGACCAAAUCUCUUCGCAGCGGAAAAACUAUAAAGAAUUCCAAAAACACAAAAAUCUUUUUAAAAAACAAUUCUUAACCUCACCACAGAAAUAAUUUUGCUAUCAGCGUGUGAAUGGAUUAUGAAUCUCGUUAAGUCGAUGGACACAGUUAAGCCACAAGUCAAGACUUAAUGUAACUCAGGAUUAUUCGUACUUUUAUAUUGUUUUCUUUCAACAGUGUACAGGAACAGCAUUAUUUUUUUUUAAUUUAAAAACACAAUGUUUAAAAUCACAAUAUAUAAUAAAUGUUCCAUGGUGACUGGUUCUUAAGCCUAAAUUAAA